AUGUCGCCAAGGUUGUUCAUAGAGAAAGUACUGAAAAGGCUCUAUCCUGAAACUUCAUCAUCUUCUCUUGCGCAUGCUUCGAGUGGAGAAGAGGAGGCGGUUCACAGAAAUCUGGGCUCAAAAUCCAAAGAAAAGAAUUUGGAUAAUGUUCAGACUUCAUCAGCAGAUGCUAGCACAUCAACUGAUACAACCUGUGAAUCAUUUCAAGGCAGUGACAAUACCAUUCUGUCUCCAAGGAGAAUGUACACAGUGAGUCUUCCUCCGGAGGGUUAUGUUGCUGUUACUCCAGAUGCUGCUGUUAGUAUUUCAGUUUCUGAAAACUCAGACAGUAGUGCUGACUCAACAGAGGAGGAAUAUCAAGGACAAACCAAGAGAAAGCGCAUUCGAAGGAAGAAACAAAAGAAUAGUUUGCAAAACUCUAAUAAUUUACAUGGAGAACAAACAGAAUCUAGAAUGCAAGAGACACUUGCUCAACGUAAUUUACAGCUGCAGCAGACAGACUGCCCCAGAAUAAGCAAAAACAAAAAGAGGAAAAUGAAAAAGAAGCGACAGAAAGAAAAAAUGAGAGCAGCUGGCUUGGUGACAAAAACUACUGGUGUGGAUUUUACGUAUCAGCCUGACAAAAACAACAGAGAAGAAGCAGCAGGCUUAAAAGACAUAGAUGAAAAGACAGAUAGCAUUCUGGACUUCUUGCAGGCAACACAACAAAUUUAUUUUGCUGACAAUAAAUCAGAAUGCACAGACUCUGCUGUAAAUUCAACAACUGUCCAAGAGCUUUUACAAUGUCUUGAAUCUCACAGCAUCUCUUUCUCGGAUGUGACUCUUCUACAUCAGCUGAAAUCCCUUGUGUUGCUACGGGAUAUUGAGAGAUUGAAGGGUGCUUUGAAACAAUUCCAAGAACAAUCCAUGAUGCCUCCUAAUCAUACCAAGAUAGUCACGUCUCUGUUUCACUACUGGAUUACAGAUAUCCUUCCUGUGAAGAACAGGAAAUAA